AUGGCUCUGCAUGCUACAGGGUAUGGGAUGCUACAGGGGGUGGUCCCACUUCCCGACACCGCCCUCGAUUUCUCCGAUCUGCGGAGCAGCAACGGCAACAACGCCGCGCAUCAGAACAUCCGUAAUCACGAGGACUGGACGGUUUGCAACCGGUGUGAAACCUACCGCCCGCCGCGGGCCCAUCACUGCCGGAUUUGUCACCGCUGCGUGCGCCGGAUGGACCACCACUGCCCUUGGAUCAACAACUGCGUGGGAGAACUCAACCAGAAAUACUUCAUCCAGUUCCUUUUCUACACAGGCUUGGCGAGUCUCUACUCCAUGGGGCUGGUUUUGGCCACCUGGGUGUGGCCCCUGGACAGGAUCUCGGCCAGCAGAUCCGAAGGCGGCGUGGCCGGCAACCCCAUCCAAAUUGCUCACCGGAUCAUCUUGCUAGUGGAGUCCAUCCUCUUCGGCCUCUUCGUCACGGUGAUAUUUUACGACCAGGUGGUCUCCAUCAUCACCGACGAGACCGCCGUAGAGCAGCUGCGCAACCGGCUUCAGAGGGAGGGUCCCCAGGCGGGGGGCCACACGCGCAAACCCAAGAUUGCCCUCCUGCGUGAGGUCUUCGGCCGAGGUACGUCGGGACUCUGGGACAGAGGCCCCUCGUCCGCGUCCUUGCUUUCUGAGACCUCCGCCAUUUGCACUUGCUACCAGCGAACCACAACCCAAACCAACAAAACGCCUUUGGGACAACCUGGAUGA